AUGAAGUUCUGCCACACGCGUCGCAUCCCCGUGGUAGCGUUCUCCGGCGGAACUUCGUUCGAGGGAAAUUUCGCGAACACGAGACGAGGGCUUUGUAUUGAUUUUGGACGAAUGGCGCAGGUUUUGGCGCUGCAUAAGGAGGAUUUGGAUGUGGUGGUGCAGCCGGGGGUGGGGUAUGAGGAGUUGAAUGAGCGGUUGAAGGAGGAGAGGCUUCUUUUCCCUCCAGAUCCCGGUAUGUUUUGCUGUACUGAGAGGUAUUGGUUGAAAGUGGAAGAGCUGAUGAUGUUUACGCAUAGGUCCUGGAGCAAUGAUCGGUGGUAUGGUCGGAACCGGCUGCUCCGGCACAAACGCCUUCCGCUACGGCACGAUGAAGAACUGGGUCAUCUCCCUCACUAUCGUCCUCACCGCAGCACCAUCAUCAAAACCCGCCAACGCCCCUCCAAGUCCAGCGCCGGCUACGACCUCUCCCGCCUCUUCACCGGCGCCGAAGGGACCCUCGGCCUCGUGACUGAAGCAGUGCUCAAAGUCACCGUGCUCCCGCAGAACGAGCGCGUGGCUGUCGCGGCCUUCUCCAGCAUCCGCGAAGCGACACAGUGUGUUAGUAGAGUCGUGCAGAGCGGGAUCCAAGUCGCUGCGGUCGAGCUGUUGGAUGCGGUGAGUGUGAAGUGCUUGAACGAGAGCGGGUCGACGGAUCGGGAGUGGGAGGAGGCGCCGACGUUGUUUUUCAGGUUUAGCGAGACGGAGAAUGGGGUUAGGGAGGAGAUUGCUGUUGUUAAGGGGCUGGCGGAGGGAAUGGGGAAUAAGAGUUUCAUCUUUGCUGAGGACGAGCAGGAGAGUACUGAUCUCUGGAUGGCGAGGAAGACGAUAUUAUGGGGUACUGCGGCUGUUGAGAAGAACGAUGACGACAAGCUCUGGGCUACGGACUGCGCGCUUCAGGUUUCGAGGCUGUCGGAUAUGAUUGAGCAGACCAAGGCUGAUCUCGAGAGCUGUGGCUUGGUGCACUGCGUUAUCGGACACGUUGGAGAUGGCAAUUUCCACUCUGCCAUCUUCUACAGCGACGAGGAGAAGCCUAUCGCGGAGGCGGUGGUGCAUCGAAUGGUUGAGAGGGCGAUUGAGAUGGAGGGGACGGUUACGGGGGAGCAUGGUGCGGGAUUGGUGAAGAGGGAUUAUUUGCCCCUCGAGCUGGGGCAGGGGACUGUUGAUGCUAUGAGGAGGGUCAAGAACGCGCUGGAUCCGUUGUGUUUGCUGAACUGCGAUAAGGUGGUUCGGAUGGAAGCGGAUAGGUAG